UGGGUCUUCGUUCUCAACUCGACCACGGAACCCGCGAACACCUAGGAUAAGGGUUUCAGAGAAUUACUCCUCCUGAUGUCCACCUAGAGUUUUGAUCUCCGGCGUUCUCUGAUUUCUAGUGUUUGCGUACUCGGACCUUGGACACGAAGGUUUCUCGUGAUGCGCUUCCACGAAGAGCCGCGGAGAUGAGAGGGCUGGAGCACAUCUCGGCAAUCCCCCUCGCGGUCUCGCCGGACGGGCCAUCUUCCGCAGACGGAGGGGGGAACGGGCCAGUGUUUUCGUCGUGGGUCUCGGAAUGUCACGGGAUCUGGUACAACCUCGCCCUGAUCGUUCCGUCGGCCCUCUUCGUUGCGUACUUGGCUUUCCGGGCGCGGAAGAGCUUCGCGAAGCUCACCUAUGGCCGGUCUUACAUUAUGAUCGCGUACUACGCCCUACUCUGGCUCGUUAGCAUUCUUAAUCUCUUGUGGUGCGCUCUCCAGGCAUGGCAAUGCACUCCAGAAAAGGAAUUCUCAUGGAAUAUGUUGUCAUUGUUUACAAAAUCAGGGAUGUUGUUCUUGGAAGUUAGUUUGGUGGCCUUUUUACUUCAAGGAAAUCAUGCAAGUGGGCUGGAAGCUUUAGCACGGACAUUUGUUAUCUCAGGUGUCAUAGUUGCUGCAGAUAUACUACUCAAGGCUAUCUAUGCAUUUGGCUAUGGAAUUCCGCUCUUCAUCGAUCACAGUGAAUCAGCCAAUCGUGUGAAAUGGGGUUUGUGGAUUGUACACAAGCUGUUGCUUACUGCAGUUUAUGGCAUAAUUUUGUUCAUGCACCAUUCAAAGUGGAGAGAGAGGUUGCCAGCAAGACCAGCAUUUUAUAACUACAUUUGUGCAAUGUUCUCGUUAAAUCUGUUAUCGCUGUUUGCCUGCGUGCUUUUGGGAAACGGAGCUGGAUUUGGGUUCUGGUUGUUCAAUAUAGCAACUAUAUGCUACCACUCUCUUUACCUUCCACUUCUGUAUGUAACAUUCCUAGCAGAUUUUUUCCAGGAGGAAGAUUUGCGUUUGGAGAAUGUGUACUACUCUGAGAUGAAAGAUGCUGGUUUUUUUGAUGCUGAUUGGGAUUAAUACUUAACAGGGUAAGCUAUACGAUCUUAUAAAAAUGUUACUAUAAAGCUGUCUAAGGUGAUUGGUCGCUUACCAUACCUUUGUAAAUAAGCACAAUGCUGGAUCCUCUCGAAUGUUUUUUUGUAAAAAAAAAAUGUACGAAUCAAUUGACUGUAUGAUUCUCACAUCUCAAAUUUAUUGCAUCAGAAAUGUUGAUAGUGAUGUAUUUUUAA